AGUUCGGUAACCUAAAACAAGCGGACAGUUGGACAAAACAUAGAAAUGUAAAAUUUACGAUUUUUUUCUAUUAUUUUAAUCUGUUUCGUUUGAAAAGCUAUGGAAACUACAGAAAGAAAGUAUUUCUUACCUAAACGUGAAAUUUUAUCGCCAAUGGAUAUCGCCAAAUGGUUGAAAUCUCAGGCGUACCAUGAGUUACUUGGUUUUAUAACAACACUUAACGAUGCAGUCAAAGGAAAAACAAUGAAAUGUGUUUAUCCUAAAUCUGAGAACUGUAUGAAAAUUGUUCACAUAUUGGAUGUACUGGACACAUGGAUUAAUGAGAUUCCACCUGUAAAUCAACCUGUUCGCUUUGGAAAUACUGCCUAUCGCAGUUGGUUUGAUAGACUUGAAAAGGAAAGUGAAAACAUCUUGAUAAACCUGAUUUCAAAUGAAGAACAUCUGAACGCUUUGCUAGAGCUCAAUGCUUACUUUAAAGACAGCUUUGGAAACAAAACAAGAAUUGAUUACGGUACAGGACACGAGGUGACAUUCACAGCUUUUCUUUGCUGCUUAUUUAAGUUGAAAUUUUUACAAGAAAAUGAUUACAUAGCAACCGUGUUCACUAUUUUUAAAAGAUAUCUUGAUUUGAUGAGACGUCUCCAACACGUCUACCGUAUGGAACCUGCAGGAAGCCAUGGAGUUUGGGGACUGGAUGAUUUCACCUUCUUGCCAUUUUAUUGGGGAAGCGCUCAACUAAUAGAUAGCAACCACAACCUUAGACCAGACUCUAUCCCCAAUGAAGAUGUUUGCAAUGCAAGCAAAGAGGAGUUUUUGUUUUUUGAUUGUGUCAACAAUAUACAUAAGGUUAAAUCUGGACCUUUCUUUGAGCACUCAAACACGUUAUGGGGAAUGAGCAGUGUUCAAACUUGGAAUAAAGUGAACAGUGGUUUAUUAAAAAUGUACAAAGUUGAGGUUUUAUCGAAGUUUCCUGUCAUACAACAUUUCGUAUUUGGAUCAAUACUCUCAAUUCAGUCUGUUACCUAGCAACCAGAUCAACUAUAACAACGUCUCGAGGGCUUCAACAUAAAUAUUGAGAAUUUAUUGUAAUUUAGACAAUAGACAAAAAACUUUUAAAAUCA